AUGUCUGGAAAAUACCAAACGUUGGAUGUUAAUGAGGAGGCGCAACCAUUGGAAUUCAAGUCUUUCCUCGGUCAGCCCGAUGCAGCAGUCGAGCCUGCACCAGCAGCGACGUCCUCGCGUCGAGGAUAUACCACCGACCGUCCUGUAUCAACAAGCUUUUGGCAGGUUGAACACUAUCAAAAAUGGUUCGAUGUGGACACAAACACAGUGCUAAUGCGGUGUCUGAUGUCCAUGUACCCCAUAGAUUCUCACCUAACAGGACCAGAAGGACCGGAUCUGUAUGGUCCAUUUUGGACGUUGACGACGCUCAUCCUCGCCCUUUUCGUCUCCUCAUCACUUGCGUCGUCAAUCGCGUCAUAUCUCUCAUCAGAGCCGACGGACUACAAUUGGACACUGCUAAGCGUCGCUGUGGGACUCAUAUAUAUAUACGGCCUCGCAGUUCCGACAGGGAUAUGGGCCGUGCUCCAAUGGAGUGGUGUACAGGAGUGUAGUGUUGUUGAAUGCCUGAGCAUAUGGGGGUACGGCAUGACAGUGUGGAUACCUACUGCCCUUCUUUGCAUUAUACCCGUUCCUCUGCUGCGUUGGGGACUCACCUUACUUGCUGCUCUAAUAUCGCUAGCGUUCAUCAUCAGGAACAUCUACCCUAUCCUCGCCACGGCUGAAUCUAAGUCUGUGCGACUGUUUGUGAUUGUAUUUAUUGUGCUGCACCUCGGUGUCGCACUGUCCUUGAAGAUCGUUUUUUUCUCGUACUAUGUCGCAAAGCCCAUCGGAUGAUCGGGACCGAUUCGCAGAUUAUUGUCUCUUUAAUUGCUAGCUUCCCGAAGUAAUUGGGAUAUUGCAUCAAAAAAUUGAGAGUUGUCGGUCGGUUAUCCGACACAGUGGGAUGUGGUUCACAAGCUCCGAACACAACAGGGGUUCCGAAGCCAUCAGAAACUUGCGGGUCUACAACGGCGCACCAUUUCUGAAUAGCCAUGGAUUUCAUGAUUUUCGAGUC